AUGAUGACUUCUUUUACCUUGUACACCGUUCCCGCCGCCACUACGGCCACCACCAACAUAAUCAAAACUAACUGCUACCAACUUAAGACUCAUGCAAAGCAAACCCAUCGCUUGAAAGCGUCAUGCAACGCAAUCCCGGAUGAAAACAAUGAUAAAACACUCGAAACUUCACUUCAAAUGAAAAACAUAGACCGGAGAAACAUAAUACUCCAACUCGGUGGUCUCUUUGUGGCCAGCAACAUGACCUCAGUUCCUUUGGCCUAUGCUGAUGCAAUUUCAGCUCGGUCUAAUCACUCGGUUUGCGCUGCUUCGCCUUUAGGCAUACAGAAUCUUGGAACCCCCGUAAAGGAACACAUGGAGAAUAGGGAAGAUGUAGACACGAAUAAGCUCGGAUACCAAUACAAAAGGUCCGAAAUCCCAUGGGGAAGGAGUCAACCGACUGAAUAUCGCAAGGAUUCAAAAUUUGGAGAUAAGUCUAUAGGAAUAGAGAAGAAGGUGUGGGAGGUGGAAUUUCCAGUGAAGUUAAACAAGACAGUUAAGGUACUCGUGAAGAGGCCGGCUGUUAAUAGGACCAAGGAGGACAAACAGAAAGCGAAUGAGAUUUUGUUGGUAAAUGGAGUGAGAUUCGAUGGUGAGAAGUACGUCAAGUUCGAUGUCUUUGUCAACGACAUAGACAAUGGAACCGAAACCACCCCGGCUGACAGUGAGUUUGCUGGUAGUUUUGCACAGCUUCCGCAUGGCAAAACCGACAGGAUGAUGAUGAUGAGCGGAGUUAGGUUUGGGUUAACGGAACUUUUGGAGGACAUAAAAGCUGAAGAUGAUGAAUAUGUUUUGGUGAAAUUGGUGCCUAGGACUGGGUGUGAUGACGUUACAGUUUCCGAGAUCAAGAUUGAAUUGGUUCCUGUUGUUUGA